CACAUCGUGUCUGGCAACGCCGCACCCCAUUCUCGCCAGCGACCUUGAAUAGUCACUCGGAAUCGCUGCAACAUUCUCCUUUUGUCUAAUCCUUGCUGCCCUCUGUUCAUGCUAAUUCAUGGAUCCAUUCGAAGCGGAUCCACUUUCGUCCUCCGAGACGGACUCUGUAUCGCGAGAGGGACGAGCACAGCAAGUAGCUGCGGAGCACAACCCGACCUUCGAUGGAACAGCAACACCUCGCAAUCAAGCAGGCGCAUUGCUGCCCGGCGAUGCGGCGAGCAUAGCCAUCAGCGAUCAUCCGGCUAGCAGUACGCUCGAUGUCAUCGAUGCGAGCUCUUCAGAAGCGACACCAGGCUUAUCCGUGCGGCUCAACCGCUUUCCAAACGCAGGACCCUCCAGACCGAGCUCGUCGACUUCAAGAAGAUCUGCUCGCGAGGCUCGGUCCCACAUUCCUGCCUCGCCGUCGUCGAGCGACAGCGACGAGGCAGCAGCGGAUGCAGCUUUGCUGUCGGACCCUGAAGCGCCCCCUUCAGGCACAUCCAGAUCCAGAUCGGAUGGAGCGGCGCGUAGGAGGUCGAGGAGGGACAAGACGUUCUUGGAGAGGAUCAGGGAGCAAGCAGCUAAGAUUACUGCUGCGGAUAUGAGAGCCAGCAGGAAGAGCGGUGCAAUGCGUGGUGAUGGCAGGCCAGCCAGUGCUCUGCAAGGAAUGAGUCGAAAAGAGAGGGCGCUGUGGGCUUGGGCAAACGUGGACGAUUUGGAUGCCUUCUUGUGCGAGGUGUACGACUAUUACAUUGGAAAGGGCAUCUACGCCAUCGCUCUUUCGAGGAUACUCAACUUGCUCACUGUCGCAUUCGUGCUUGGCUUCAGCAUAUUCUUGACGCGCUGCGUCGACUACCAUAGCAUCAAGCACGACGGCAACCUCAGCGAAGUCGUUGUGCCAUCAUGCGUCGCACACUCAUCCGGAGCGACCUUGCUACUUCUUAUCCUCGCUGGGACGCUGUACGCUUGGCAGCUCGUGCAGUUUGGGAGUAGCCUAAGUAGGCUACGAGCGCUGAGCGCGUUCUAUGAAGAGCUUCUAGGAGUGCCAGAGGCGGAUCUAGCAUCCAUUCCAUGGUCAUCGGUCGUCACGAGGCUGGGAGAGCUGCGAAAUUCGCACCCGACGGCGAUCGCAUCUUCAGCCUCAAACACAAGUUCUCAACGGGGAGCUCUGGACGCGCAUUCGGUAGCUAAUCGGAUUUUGCGCAGAUCCAACUACCUGAUCGCCCUCUUCAAUAAAGACUUGCUCAAUCUUCGAGUUCCCUUGCCGUUCUUUCGGAAGCAGGCUCCUAGCUUGACCCGCGCGAUGGAAUGGAACUUGAGCUUCUGUCUUCUUGGAUUUGUCUUUGACCGCAAGGGACAAGUUCGGAAGCAGUUCUUGGAUGAGCGCUUUCGACCUCAGCUCAUUGAAGGCUUGAAGCGUCGUUUCAUCUUCAUGGCACUUUUGAAUGCCAUUUUCGCACCAUUCAUCGUGCUAGCCUUGCUCGUCUACUCGUUCUUCCGCUACUUUGAAGAGUAUCAUCAAGACCCGACACAGAUUGGUGGUCGCCAAUAUACCCGGCUGGCCCGCUGGAAAUUCAGAGAGUUCAACGAAUUGCCGCAUCUUUUCACGAGACGAUGUCAUGCGAGCUAUCCCUUUGCAAGCAGAUACGUGAAUCAAUUUCCGAAGGAGCUGACAGCACAGUUGGCAAGGUUCGUGUCCUUCGUCGCGGGCAGCUUCAUGGCUGUGCUUGUAGUGGCGUCGAUCAUCGACCCAGAUCUUUUCGUCCAUUUCGACGUCACCCCUGGCCGAACCACACUCUUCUACAUUGGUGUCUUUGGAGCGAUCCUGGCAGUUUCGAGAGGCAUGAUCCCGGACGAUCGACUCGUGUUCGAGCCCGAGGUGCUCAUGCAAUUCAUCGUGCAGCACACUCACUACUGUCCACAGAAUUGGGAAAGCCGCUUUCAUUCCUCUGAGGUACACGCGGAGUUUGGUCAGCUUUACAAGCUCAAGAUAUAUAUAUUUGUGGAGGAACUACUUUCAGUGCUUGUGACUCCAUUUGUGCUUUGGAAGAGUCUACCCAGCAGUGCAUCCGCAAUCAUCGACUUCUUCCGCCAGUUCACACUUCAUGUAGACGGCAUAGGCUACGUUUGCUCGUUUGCUGUAUUCGCGAAGAAUGACAAGACGCGAUUUGGAGAAGUGCCCAACGCUCGCAAGGCGCGCUCCAAGCUCAGCACGCAAGCUAAGAUGGAACAGAGUCUGUUGGGUUUUGCAGCGGCCAAUCCAGAUUGGGCCCCGCCUGCGGACACGUCUGCUUCGCUGUUCUUGAGCCAGGCGAUCGCUACACAAUCCAAUGCUCAGUCCCCUCCGAUGGACACGGCUAACGAGAGCGCUUCUGCAGAUCUCCUAGCUUUCACGCCGGCCAACUCUACGAUGCAUUUGGCCAUGCGAAGUCAACUUUACGACAAUGCUUACAGCAAGGCUUUGCAGGCGAGCACUUUGCGCAGCAGCCGAAAGGCUCAGACUGGUUCAACAACGCAGGCUUCUGGGACGAGAUUGCCAGAGACGAGGGUCAACGUGGCUGGGACGAGGUCCGCCAGUCGGAGUAGGGGAAUCGCGGGGCUCCAACCGCUUCAGGUGGUGGAUGAAAACCCUUACAAUGAGGCUGCCGGUCAAGAAGAGCGUGCAAGCAACCUUCAGCGGCCGGGGCAUAGAGAGACUGAUGAGUCGUUCGCGGACGCUAGGUCCAUACCGGCCGAUGAUGACGAUGGAGUGGACCCGCUUUCUGCAUCCUCCCGCAUUGAUUCUGGAAGCUCAGGUGACACAGGACUGAGAGGUCUGCUGCAGCAUGCCUAUGGGACAAGGUGGUAGAUGGCGACCAGGCGUCCCUUAGAUCCGGUGCCUCACAUUUGCUCUGUAAUGCGACCUUGUCUGAAGGGCGCUCAUGGUGUUCUCAUCAAUGCGACUUGUAGCGACACGACACACUGUUGCGGGUUGUAGACCUCUCAAUUACCAUACGCGUGCAUGGGCGAGCGUUGAAUCAAAAGGCAAGAUUCAACCCCGAACGUCAACGAUUGGCCUACAGAAGAUCUACAUUUAAUGAUGUUGCACGC